AUGCGGCUCGGCAGUACCGCCAGUAGCCAUCUCCCUUUCCUGGCGAUCAUUCUCGCGCUCUACACGCUCCUCAUCUCGACCUCAGCUCGAGACAUUUCUCCAUCUGAAGCCAAAAUCACCUCGCUCCUACAGUGCCUCGGCCACCACGCUACAGCUCACGCUGAUCGGGUCAAGGUCCAAUCUCUCCUUUCAGCCCAUCCCAAUCCGUCGGACGACAGCGUGUGGUCCCAACUCGGACCCAAAGAGUGGGGCUUCAAGGGUCACGAUGUUGCCGGUGGCGACACUUGGACUCCCGCCGCUGGCGCGGCUCAGACUGCAAAGAACCGCUCGAUGAUGCAGCACAGAAAGCUGCUCCGAUGCGUUAAGAGGCUGCAGCUGGAUGCCUUAUCCGCUGACCCGAGCCAUAAGCAGGGCGGAGAACGCGCCUUGCCCGCCAAUUCUGGGGACGCCAGCUCCGAGCAAACUCCUCAGGACGCUCACAGGCAGCCCGUCGUCGCCGUUAAUGACGCCCAGUGGGCGUCUUCUAGCGAGACCGAUUCGGAAAGCUCCAGUGUGCAGUCGCAACAGGUGAGCGGCGAUGCAUCGGUGACAGAUGCUCAGAAGCUCACCUUUGACAGCGAUGGCAACCCUGCUCCUGAAGCUGCGGGCAAACUUGCGCCUGGUCUCGGCCCCGAUAGCAAGUCGGUUGCUGCGGCCUUCGAAAGUGAUCCGGGUGAAAAGAAUAUGCCCAAGACGGUGCCUGGUAGUACUGGUGUAGAUGCCAGCACUCAGGCUGGUGCAGAUGCUGGUCCUGAUUCUGUCAGCGUCGCGGCUCCUGUAGCUGUCGCUGGCAAGGCGACUCAGCAGAACCUGUUGGCCAACGGACAACCCGAUUCCACUCAGAACCUGACGCUGAACGGUGCUGGACAGGUGAACAAUGCGACGAACAGAACCGCUUCUCCCAACCUGUCGGAUCCCAAUACCCUCCAGACCUCGCUCCUGCAAGUCGACGGAACCAAUUCAGCCCAGUCCCAGCUGUCCUCUCGGGGCUGUCGUCAGCUUCGCAUCCGCAAAGAGUACUCUACGCUCACCAACGCGGAAAAGAAAGCCUUUGCGGAUGCGAUCAAGUGUGUUCGCUCGAAGCCGUCACGCUACCAAACCGGACCCGGGUGGAACGCGGCCGACGACUGGACGCUUCUUCACAUUCGCAUGGUCAAGUACGUCCACUUCACCGCCUACUUCCUGCCCUUUCAUCGCGGCUUCCUGGCUAUUGUCGAGCGCGAUCUGAACAACUGCGGGUUCCAUCUCGGUCUGCCAUGGGUGGACUGGACCAAAACUUCGGUUGAUCCGUCGACCAACGCGCUCUUCUCCUCCGACCCGGCCUUUGGGCUGGGCACAAAUGGGAGGGGGGACAACAGCGAGUGUCCUUGGCAAACCGGCCUGGCGGUGAUCGACGGGGCGUUGGCCAACCACUACUUCAACGCUCCCUUCCGUCACCGUCUCUGUCGUCAGUUCAACAAUUUGGAUGUCAACGCACCCAAUCCGCACUUUGGCAACAAUUGCACCACCUUCAUCAACCCCACUUUCGUCUCUGGGUUGGGGAAGACCCACGACAAUGGGCGGUUCUUCGAUUUCUCCUCUGCUCUCGAGAUCAGCACCCAUCUAUCGAUGCACACGUGCAUGGGUGGCAACCUGGCUUGGCUGAGCAGCUCUCCGAACGAUGUGGUGUUUCACACUCAUCACGGGUGUGUGGAUAAUAUCUUCGCGGGCUGGCAGAAGAAGAAUCCUAGGAAUGGGAGAAGCUUUCAUGGUCCAAAGAAGCAGCAGAAGGAUGGUCAGCAUCCUCCUUGGACAGCAAGGGAUACGGACGUCAUCAAUUACAUGCCCUUGGCGGAGAACGUGAUGGUGAGGGACCUGCUCGAUCAUCAGAGUGGGGAGUGGGGAGGGAGGAUGUGCUAUCGGUACGAUUACCAGGUUGGUGUUUGA